AUGGAAUAUUUUCGUUCUUUGGAUAUUUUCAUAGCAUCUGCAUACCUGAAAGUCAUGAUGAGCUUCAAGGCCCCACCAACACAACAACAGCUGGCAAGAAGUAACCUGCUGAAAGAUGAAGCCUUGGCCAUCUCUGCUCUCGAGGACCUGCCCUUACAACAUUUCCCACCACUCUUCAAGGAUGCAUUCACCAGCAAACAACCUAACAUCCUGAGGCAGAUGGUGGCAGCAUGGCCCUUCCCAUGCCUUCCUGUGGGAGCCCUGAUGGACAUGCCUCACCUGGAGUCCUUGAAAGCUCUGCUUGAUGGCCUGGAUUUGCUGUUGGCACAAAAGGAUCAACCCAGAUGGAAAGUACAAGUGCUUGAUUUACGAGAUGCCCACCAUAACUUCGGAAAGGUUUGGGCUGGAAGACAGCAUAUCAUUUGCUCUCCAGAUGUAAAUGGCAACAACCAAGCAGUGGGAAAUCAUCGCAUCCUAGGUGGGAAACAGGCCAUGACUGUAUUGAUGAACUGUUUCCUCAGGUCCCACUGUCCCUCCAAAUAUCUAAAAUAUGUUUAUCGGUGGGCCAAGCAGAGGAAAGCUGUGAUACAGGUGAUCUGUCAGAAGUUAGAGUUUCGGGACUUUCCUGCCUAUGACCCACUGGAUGUUUUGGAGGUUUUUGAUACAGGUUCAAUCCAGAAAUUGGAAAUAAACACAUGCUGGGACAUUCACACCCUUGCUUUGCUAGCCCCUGGCCUGGGCCUGAUGAAAAACCUCCAGAAACUCACUUUCAAGGAAAUCUAUGUCCCUGUGCAUUUGCCUCAGGACCAAGAGAUGGAAGCCUGUUGUUUUACAGAGAUCUUUUCCCAGUUCUCCAAACUGAAUAAGCUCCAGCAUCUCUAUUUGAUUGAUGUCUACUUCCUGAAUGGUCGCCUGGACCAAGUGCUCAGUUGUUUGGAAUGUCAAUUAGAGACCCUUGCUAUCACUCACUGCAUGCUGUCACAAUCAGAUAUGAGGUAUCUGUCCCAGUGUCCAAGCAUCCAGAAGCUCAAACACCUGGACCUGAGUGGUGUCACCUUCCUACAUUUAAAUGAUCCAUUUCUAGGAAGCCUGCUACAAAGACUGACAGCUACUCUGCAGACAUUAAAAUUGAAGGGCUGUAUGAUCAUGGAGAUGCAAAUCAGUGCCUUCCUGCCUGCACUGAGCCGGUGUUCCCAGCUCACUGAAUUCAAUUUUGUGAAGAACUUAUUGUCAAUGAGCAGCCUGAAGAAGCUGCUGCAGCAUACUGCCAACCUCACACAGCUGACCCUGGAGAAGUACCCUGCCCCUGAUGAAGUCUAUGAUGACAUUGGUGAUGUUAUUCCACACAGAUUUGUACAGCUUUGUUCUGAGCUUAUGGGCACACUCAAGGGUAUAAGGCAGCCAAAACAGGUCUAUUUUGAUCACAGGCAGAUGUAA